CGCUGGCGAAAAUUACACUUUAAUAUGCAGUAAUCAUCCGGAUACAUCGAACUAUCUGGACUUAUGGCUCAUCACAGAAGUCUUUGAUGUUUGUUUAAAUCAUGCAAUGAAAUUUGUGCUCUAAAUCUCAAAGAUCUGGCGGCUUGUUCGAGUCUAGUGUUGGGGUGCAGACUCACUGCUGGGUGUUGUCACUUGGAACCCAAAUUAAUGUCUAUUAUUUCUGUCAUACGGCUCUGUUAGUUAUUAAUUUUUCGGAAUAUCAUUAUUUUUACCAAUCAUUUUUCUGGAUCGUCUCGGCUGUUGUUUUGCAACGUGUCUACUGACUAUAGUCAGUAACAUAUGUUACUGACUAUUAUUAUGGUUAUUUCGUCUUCGUUUACUAUUGAACUGGACCACUCAUUUUAAAUUCUAUCUUGGCGUUAAUUCUUUAUUGUCUAGUUGAGAUAUUGUACGCUUUGUCUUCCUAACCAUUCUGUCAGGUACUAAUUGAACUUUGUUCCAUUAAUCUUUAACUGCUGCCGUACAUCGGCUGCAUACUCUGCGUUUUUUGGUCUCUAUUCCACAAAUUUAUGGGUUAGAUUAACCAGAUGAUUGUUCCUAUUUCGGUUACCUCGGAUUAUAAUUUCUAUGCACACAUUUCAAUGCUAAGUCAUCUGCAAGGGAAAUGAACGCAUGCGAACAUGGCCGUAUUGGCCUAGAUGGAGUGACUGAUGGACAUUCCUGUACUACUGAGUGUUCUCUAGCAUCCGAAACAUCACCUGAUUAUUGUCAGGAUAAAGAUUCGGGGAACUUUUGUGUGUGUGGUGCACCUGGUUGUAGUACGAGGAAAGUUACUAACCGUCAUAAUAUGGAAUCGGACAUCGCUGAGCUGGCUCCAAGCAUAGGUAGUACCUCAACUACCAACUUCCCUGAUCAACAUCAAGAUACAUCAAAACCGAAGUUGGGUACGUACGUUAUUGAAAGAACCAUUGGGAAAGGGAUAUUCUCGUCAGUCAAGCUCGCCAAGCACACCAUAACUGGAAUAUUCGUUGCAAUAAAAAUCAUUGACAAAUCCCGUCUAAGUCCUGAAAAUCUCAAAAAAAUAUACAGGGAAUCUGAUAUUUUGAAGGAGCUUCAUCAUUCAAAUAUCGUAAAACUUUAUCAGGUUAUGGAAACUCAGCGACUACUCUGUAUGGUAAUGGAGUAUGUUUCAAAUGGCGAGCUAUUUGACUACAUAGCUACGAAUGGAAGAUUUUCUGAGGUUGAUGCUCGGAUCAAAUUUCUGGAUGUACUUUCGGCUGUCGAUUACACCCACUCUUGUGGUAUUGUACAUCGAGAUCUAAAAGCUGAAAACAUAUUGCUAGAUUCAGAAAUGAAUAUCAAAUUAGCGGAUUUUAGCUUCGGCACACAUUUCAACUCACCUAAUCACCUUUUAACUACGUGGUGUGGUAGUCCUCCGUAUGCUGCACCUGAAAUAUUUUUAGGCGAACCAUACAUUGGAGUCAAAGCAGAUAUCUGGAGUUUAGGUGUUAUUCUUUACGUCAUGGUGUGUGGUGCUCUUCCAUUCGAUGCCCAAUCUCUUCCCCAUUUGAAAAAUCAAGUCCUUUCCGCCAGUUUUCGUGUUCCAUACUGGCUUUCUAUGGCUUGUGAACAAGUAAUACGUAGUAUGUUGUCGAAAGAACCGAACGAUCGUCCGACAACAAAACGUAUCAGUCAAUUUCCAUGGUUCACUUCAUCAACAAUUCCACAUAAUCAUUAUCACGAUAAACUAAUUGCAAAUGUUAUGUCUAACUCAUUGGCCACAAUGCAUUUAACUAGUCAACCUGUCCCUACACCAACAACGUUACGACAAACAUUGUCACCCUGUGGUGCUAAUUCAAAUAUUUUAAAUAAAUCCACAGACUGUGAUUUAGUUCAACCCACGUUUGUUUUGAAACAUUGUUCUUGUGAUUGCUCUUCGAAAUUCUCAUGGAGUAAAGAUGAUCUACAAAGUCCUGGGCCUAAUUUAGCGGCUGAAAUGAAAGUUGGUAAAUUAAAUGAAUUAGUUAUUAUGAUUAUGGAGUCCUAUGGAAUGUGUCGCACUCAAAUUCUCAAAUCACUUCUACGUUGUGCUUACGAUCAUCUGACAGCUACUUACCUCUUAUUGGGUGAGAAAUUACGUUUGCAUAAUCUAAACAUUGAUUCAUCGACUACACCUAUUACAGAUUCUGGAAUAAUUAUACCUAAUUGUGACCAUCCAACAACAUCAUGUUAUUCAAUUAUGGCUCCUGAGCAUAAAAGUUUCAAUACCACUCCUGAUUCUGUUAUGAUGCCGAAUUCUAUUCCAUCACCCCAACCAUUAUCAUCGUCGAUUUCUGUACCACAACCAAACUAUUCAACUAUACCUACAAGUAUACCUCCAGUUUUCCCACUGUCCUCCAUAAAUUCAAUGAAUAUGGACCUUCCUUUAUCUAGUUGCUCUUCAUCUAUGGAACAAUUAGAUGAAUCUACAAAUAAUAUCAACUGUUUUGCCGAUACCUCAAUCGAUAAUAGUGAUCAUAAGGACAGUGUUUCGCAAAUAAUCGAUAGAACAGAAAGUGAUAAUUUAACUGCUGAUUCAGCAUAUGGUGUUGCUUUACAGUCCACAUAUGUUAAUAACUCUGUUUCAGAUCGUGUUAUACUUCAGUCUUAUUUGCCUGUGGAGGAUGAAUUAAAAAUUGUCAGUGGUGGUACUGGUAAUGUUACUGUUGGUGGCAGACCGCAACAUCGUGUUUUAGCUAGACGAAAAUAUGGAAUCUGCAGUCCACCAGCUUGUUUAGAAGAAAUAAAGCAGGCUUUGAUUUCACAACAACACCAACCACCACUCAUAAAUGAGAGGAAUAUUACAGAUGGUGAUGAUUUACCAUGAUUAUUAGUAGCAAAAUAGUAUCUAAUAUAUAUAUAUUCCUUUCUAAAGAAAUAAUAAUGAUGAGAUGGAUUGAUUGUAUUUUAUUUGUUCACAAUAUUUGUAACAAAAGUAAUCAAUUAGAACAAAAUCACUGGAAAUUCUGGUUUUUUUAACAACAAUAUGUAUUUAUAUCCCCACACCGCAUCCGAUGCUCUCAAAUUUUAUUUUUUCACAUUAUGGGAUGAAUGCAAAGCAAAUAUGUAGACAGAUAUGAAAACUCACAAGAGAACAUACACCAUCGUCAUUGGACCUUAUUUAUUCAUAGUCUUUCGCAAUAUAAUAAUAAAUCCAAUUUUUGUCAUUUAACUUCAUUGCUUUUUUCGUUAUUUUUGCAUUGUUUCAUAGAUAGUUUUUAUUGGUUUGUGACAUGUUUUUUCUCUGUAAAAAGCAACUAUGUACUCAGUCAAAGAAUCUAGAUAUAUCCCAUCCUACAUAAACUGUCACUGCAAAGGUGGAACUUGAUUUCAUUCACAAUACAAUAGUGUUGACCAUUCCUUUGUUUCUCUCAUCAUAGUGAUUUUUCCCUGCUCUUAUUUCUACGCUUCUCUGUUUUGUCCAAACAAAAACUGUCCUCUUUCUAAAUACAGCAUUUUACUUUUUUGAUAUCUAAUUAUCAUUGACUUGGAAAUUGUGAAUACAUAUUCACACUCACUAAUAAGAUAAUAGAUAUCGUGUUUCUAUUGAACUUUUAAUGAAAUAGCACUUGUCACACAAUUCAUGUUUUGCAUGUGUGAGUUUAUAUAUUUAUUCAUUAUAUUAUUAGAGAUAUAGAUUCACUCAAUACUCUGGUAUCAAUUUUCCAUUUGUCUAUCUUUCAUGUAUCAUGCAUUGUGUACAUAUAAACUGUGUCUUGUAAAUUUUAUGAAAAAUCCCGGAGUAAAGCUUACUAAUUAUGUAACAAGUUGUAUUGUGUAUACCUGUACUGAUUGGAUGAUUGUGUCUAAGCUUUAUGUUUUGAUUUUCUAUUCACUGCCAUAUUUUUUAUUAUUUGAGCGUCUUACUUAACAUAUGUUUAUCCACACACACGGAACUUCUGUACUCUUCACAUCCUAGUCCUAAUACGGAAUAUGUUUACAUAUUAUUUUCUUUUAUUCACUCAAUACAUAGGCAAAGCAAGAUGUAGUGUGGUUAUGAAGUAACAAACGCAUAUUAUCGAUUCCAUAUUGUCUGACGAUUGAGUACAUAGCUUGAAUAAAGCCAAUUAUCAUCAAGAAAGUAAAUUCUUGAACAGCUAUAUUUUCAAAAUUCUUAGGUUCGUUUAAUGCAAAUGAUCAGCAUUUUAAGAUAUUUUCCAUUUUUGAUGCUCGAAUGUAUUAAGUACCAGGCGAUUACUUAUGAUGAUGGGUCACUUAAGAAGUCUUUAUCCAAGAUGUUCAGUAUGUGUAUUAAAUUUGAAAUCCCAACUCCGAGGUUCAUUGACAAUGCCAGCAGAUUCCGUGAUCUAUUGCCGAUAACAGCAUGUAACCCAAGAAUUUCUAAGGUUAACUUUGAUGUGACAUGAAUAGUCAGAUCACUGUAAGCAAAGUAGGUCGCUGAAAUAUAUAAGACUAACUAUGGUGUUAAGGGAUUUAUCUGAUAAAGACGACCUCUCCGGUAUUGAUAACAUCAGUGAAAAUAAUUUAUUUAUAGGUGUUUAGUAUCGACAUAUUUAUUCAUUAAUAAUACUUAUGAAUCUAAACUGUUUGUAAUGUAAAUUUACACAAUAAGUCAUAAAAAAUGUAUUUAGUGAAAUAAUUUUUUCAGCGAGUUCAUUUUCAAGGCUGUACAACCAUAUAUAUAUAUAUAUAUAUAU